AUGGCGUUCCUCGUCAGCGAUUAUUUCUCGUGGAGAUAUCUCCCAAUUGCCCUUCCCCUGCUCUUCAUCGGCUCCCUCUACGUCCAGCGAUGGCUCAGUCGUCGCAGCGCCCUGGCCAUUGGCGCCAUGGCGCCCGAUGUCGAUAUUAGAGGCCCCUUGGGUAGGAUUGGCUUCUUCUGCAGAGUCAGAGAUGAUGCGCUAAUAUUAGUCUGGACAGGCCUAGGCUUCUUCUUGGAAGCAAUCCGUACCUGGCGAAACAACACCGCGCUGGAAUUCUGGCAAUGGAUCUUUGAUCACACCGGAUGUGCCGCCCGAGGCUCGUACACAGCCGAGGUCAUGAUCAUGAACGGCCAGCGCAUGAUCCUCACGGCUGACCCGGAGAACGUCAAGGCCGUUUUGACCUCCCAGUUCAAGAGCUGGGGCAAGGGCCAGAUGCUGUACGACGCCUUUCGGCCGUUCCUGGGCGACAGCAUCCUCAGUACCGACGGCGAGCAGUGGCAUCGCGCGCGCCAGAUCAUCCGGCCGUUCUUCGAGAAGACACGCGUGUCCGAUCUGGACUUGUAUGAGCGCAAUGUCCAGCGGCUGAUUCCCAAGCUGGAUAAGACCGCGAUCGUGUCGAUCGAUGAUCUGAUCUUCCGCUACACCCUGGAUACCAUUUCCGAGUUUCUUCUUGGGAACCGGGUAGGCAGCCUGGAAGACAGCUCCAAUGGCUUUACGGAGGCCUUCAAUGAGGUCCAGCGGGUGCAGAGCGUUCUGAUGCGAGCCGGACCGCUCACUUGGGCCAUUCCCCGCAAAUCUUACCUGGAGAAUAUCAAGCGGCUGGAUCGAUACAUGGAGCCCUUUAUCUCCCAGGCGCUGACGCUGCCGCCAGGCAGUCCGGAAGCCAAAUCAGACACCUUGCUGCAAGCCCUGGCCAGCUGGACGCGCGACCGCCAGAUGAUCCGCGAUGAGCUGACGAGCGUGCUGUUCGCCGGCAGCGACACCACCGCCUCAUCUAUGUCCUGGAUCUUCUUCGAGCUGGCGCGACACCCAAACGUGGUGGCCAAGCUGCGCGCCCUCAUUCUGCGCAAGAUUGGCACCCGCCGACCGACCUACCAGGAGAUCAAAGAUCUUAAAUACCUGCAGUACGUCAUCAACGAGACGCAACGGCUCUACGCAACGAUGCCUUUCGCCACAAGGCAGGCCCUGCAGGACACCACUCUGCCUCGCGGCGGCGGGCCUGACGGCCUGAGUCCCAUCGGGGUGCGUGCCGGCACGCCCAUCAUUUACUCGGCGCUGCUGAUGCACCGUCGUCGGGAUCUCUACCCCCCGGUGUCCGAGUCAUUCCCCGAUCCAUUAGAGUGGGUGCCCGAGCGGUGGGAGCACUGGACGCCCAAGAGCUGGCAACUGAUCCCGUUCAGUGGCGGACCGCGCAUCUGCAUCGGCCAGCAAUUCGCCCUCAUGGAGAUGGGCUACACGCUGUGCCGGAUUCUGCAAACCUUCGAGCAUAUCGUCGACUACACCGGCGGCGGACCGCCCGUGCUGAAGUGCGGAAUUGUGGUGACACCGUUCCAUGGCGUCCAGAUUGGCUUUGUGAGGCCAGCUGUUGCUGCCAACACGCCGCAAGAGUGA